UACCACGAUGAAACAUUUUCUGUUUUCUCUGUGUCUACUGGGAACGUUUCUACAUGCCUUGGCUCAAUGCACUGUCCCAGCCUCAGAGUUUCAGCUGGACGGAGAUUAUUUGUUAGGUGGACUUUUUGAUAUUCAUCAUGAUAAUGACCCUGUUUAUCACGACAGACCAGAAGCCAUCGACUGCUCCAGUCAACCCUUAAUUCCUUCAAAUUACCGGAGGUUUCAGUUGAUGAGAUUCUCUGUGGAGGAAAUCAAUAACUCCACCGACCUCCUGCCAAAUGUAUCUCUCGGCUAUGAGAUAUUUGACCACUGCUCAAAUACACACAAUUUUCCAGGCAUUUUCAAACUCCUUUCAGUCAACAACUUGAUCCAACCUUGGGGUGAACCACACGAGCAUCUGUCCGGAGUGAUGGCUGUGGUCGGCCCUUAUAUCAGCAGCCAGGCCCUGACUGUAGCCCCACUGUUCAUGAUGGACCUCAUUCCUAUGGUCAGCUACGGAGCAGCUAGUUCUGUCUUUUCAAGAAAACAGAAUUUUCCCUCUUUCCUACGAACGACGCUUCCCAAUAAAGACAUCAUAGACAUGAUUGUUAACAUUGUGAAGCACUUUAACUGGCGCUGGGUUGCUUUCCUUCACAUUGAUGAUAAUUACGGCAAAGAUGGCCAGGAACUGUUCAUAAAUAGGAUUCAAGACACUGAGAUCUGCCUGGCGUUCACCAAAGGCCUCAACCAAUAUACAAAUUACCCCCAAAUGUUCAAACAGAUAGAGGCACAGAGGAUAGGUGUCAUUAUUGUUUUUGCUCCUGAAUGGACUGCUGAAGCUCUCAUUGAGUCAGCAAUACAACUAAAUGUCACUGACAAGGUGUGGAUAGCAGGGGAUGCAUGGUCCUUAAACAAGAAGAUCCGCCAGAAGAAAGGAAUCAGAAAUAUUGGAACUGUACUUGGAGUGUCUCAGCCAGUAGUGACAAUACCUGGUUACAGUGACUUUAUCUAUUCUACCAAAAGCCAGACUCAUUGUGAAACUGCAGAACAAAAUGGGUUUUGUAAUCAGGUUUGCAACUGCAGCAGCCUGAGUCCAGAAGAUGUCAUCGCUGCAGACCCAUCUUUUAAUUUUCCUGUUUAUUCUGCUGUCUACGCCAUCGCUCACGCCUUACACAAUGUCUUGCAAUGUGUCGCUGGCAGAUGUAAUGGCAACAUUACAGUGUACCCACACAUGGUUCUAGCAGAGCUGAAGAAGUCAAACUUUACUCUUUUAAACCAGAGUAUUCAGUUUGAUGAGCAUGGUGACCCCACGUUCGGAUCCUAUUCUAUAGUUUUCUGGAACCGCAGUGGUGACGCAGAGGAGAUCGGCUUUUAUAAAUUUCGCCAAUUGUUCCGUUUCUUCAUCAACACCAGCAAAAUUCAGUGGCACACAAAAGGAGAAGUACCUACUUCACUGUGUAAUGAAGAAUGUGAUGCAGGAUUUGUAAAAAAGCAAGAUGGAUUCCACAAAUGCUGCUUCGAUUGUGAAAUCUGUUCGAAGGGAACUUAUAUCAACAGCACAGAGGAUCCCUACAAGUGCAUCAACUGUAAGGAGACAGAAUGGUCUCCAGCAGGAAGUACAUCAUGCAAUCUGCGGGUGGUGGAGUACGUCCCAUUCACAGACAGCGGGGCUAUCCUGAUCAUGGUCGGAGCCUGGGCCUUGGUGGGCCUCACACUGGCUGUGUCUGUUCUCUUUGCCAUCAACUACAACACACCUGUUGUCAGAUCUGCUGGCGGACCAAUGUGCUUCCUAAUUUUAGGCUGCCUCAGUCUGUGUAGUCUUAGUGUUUUCUUUUACUUUGGUAAGCCAACAAUCUCCUUUUGUAUCUUAAGGUUCUUACCAUUUCUCUUGUUCUACACUGUUUGUCUAGCCUGUUUUGUUGUGCGCUCUUUUCAGAUUGUUUGCAUUUUCAAAUUAGCCGCAAAAUUCCCCAAAAUCCACAGUUGGUGGAUGAAAUAUCACGGACAAUGGCUGGUCAUCACUGUGGCAUUUGUUAUUCAGGCACUCUUACUUCUUAUUGACUAUACUUACGCCCCCCUGAAGCCCCACAAUGAAACAUUUUGGUACCCAGACAAAAUCAUACUUCGUUGCGACAUUAAUCUCAAAGCAUCCAUUGGUCCAGUGGUUUUUCUUUUAUCUUUGUGCUCCCUUUGCUUUAUGUUCUCCUACAUGGGAAAAGACCUCCCUAAAAAUUACAACGAGGCCAAAGCAAUAACCUUCUGCCUGCUCCUGCUGAUCCUCACCUGGAUCAGCUUUGCCACUGUAUUCCUACUUUACCAUGGCAAGUACAUCCAAACUCUUAACGCUCUGGCAGUGCUCUUCAGUCUCUACUCCUUUCUGUUGUUUUAUUUCCUACCCAAAUGCUACAUCAUCAUUUUUCAAUCGUACAAAAACACGCAGGAGUACUUCCAAGGUCUCAUUAUGAAUUAUACCAAAACAAUCAGCCAGUAGCUGCUUCCAGUAAAUGUGUGUGUUGUGCUUCAGGCCUUCUGAAAACAUUCAAUGAAGUGACAAUAAUUUUGCGUUUUAGAUUAGACGGUCAAAAAAAAAAGUAAUUUAAAUCUGUGUCUAUGUGUUGUUGUAACCUUAUCAUGUUACAUGUAUUAUGAUUGGUUAUUUGGUUGUCUUACUAAGGGCUGCAAUUUUAAAGUAGCUACAAUAUACAGUGAUUAACAUGUCAACAAGAGACUGUUGUUUGAGAGUCUACAGCCAUGCUAGUGGCUCUGUGACACUGCACUUAAAAGGAAAAGACCACUGGUUCCCAACCUGGGGAAGCCGACCCUACUAGGGGUCGCCAAAGCUUCACAGGAGGUCGUGAGGUCUUCUUGAUUUUAAAAGCAGAAUAUGUAACCAUUGUUGGUUCCUGUUUGUAAAAAACACCGCAUUCAAAGAGAUGGAGAGCGAACUAUAUAGUGAAUGAACAGAGCGAGAGCUGCGUUAGUGAGAAGAAAAAAAAAAGCGAAUCGGAGAAAUAAAACUUUAUUUUCUGAUUGUUUCCCGGUGGUUACGUUCUAAAACACAGAGCUAACUCCACAAUACCCUGCGGGAAGGUGCCAAGUUACCGGAUUUUGAAUGAAUGAAUGCAGGCUUCCUGUCUGCUGGCUGUGGCCCAGCGCUGCUCUCGCCAAACAACAGACAGUCACACACCGAUCAUAUAGCUGCACUCACAGCACAGAGAGGAGCAGGGAGGGAUCACUGGGACACAUGCACAUAAUAACACAACCCGUCUUCAUCUGUGAAAUACGGCCGCUUUGUAUCAGAAGUUGAGGGGGCGUGACAAAGCGGCGGCAUUUGACCACCUGAAUCGGCUGCACACCUAUUGACUGGGGGGCCACAAAGUCUGUUUACAGACAUCCAGAAGAAUCCUGAGUAAAGAAAAUCCAGGCAGAGGGCUGCAUGGUCUCUGCAGAAACAGACUUCUAGUGGGGCAGAAGUGAUGAUUGAGAGGGAUUAUUUUUUGUAUCAGUAUAUAUAUUGUUAGUUAGAUAGUUCAUUCUUGCAUAUUAUACUUUUAAGAUAUAAACAUGAUAAGGGCACGGUGAAGACCUGAACACAAGUUAUAUUCACAGAGCCUUCCCUCUCUGCUAAACAGCAUCACCUUGCAUU